CCUGGUACCGCCAGGCGGGGAGCCCCGUGUGCAGCUGGCCGCGGAAGCCGCAGCCUCCCGAGCCCCGCACCGGUUCCCCCGCCCCGUGGCCCUGGGCGCGCCGCUCCGAGUUCCGGCUUCCCGAGGAGGCUCAGGCAGGCGGCCAACGCUGGGCUGGCGGCUGCGCCCUCGAGUCCUCGGUGCACGGCAGCCACGCCCCGGGCGCCGCGGAUCCCCGCCCCCCCGGGCCCUCGCCCACCCCGGCCCGGGAGGACGACCCGCCGCAGGACGGUUCUCUUGUCCUUUGGCGAGGAUUCUCCAAGGCGUCUCAACACAUGGGCCGGCUCAGAAACGCCAAGAUCCACGUGGAGAGAGCUGUCAAGCAGAAGAAGAUUUUUAUGAUCCAAGGCCGCUACCCUGUGAUCCGGUGCCUCUUGCGCCGGAGGGGCUGGGUGGAGAAGAAGAUGGUCCAUCACUUGGGCACCAUCCUUCCACCACCGCACAAGGAUCUGGAUAGCUCAGUAAUGAGUGACAGUGACACCACUGAGGAUGAGGAUGAAGAUGAGGAUGAGGCAUUCCGGCCACCACAGCUGUACGACUUCGAUGAUUUACUGGAAUUUGAUGACCUACAUGGGACACAUGCUCUGAUGUCGCGCAUGGUCCGGAACGAGAUCCCCUACUUCAUCUGGACCACUCGGCGGGAUGUGCUGGACUGUCGCUUCCUCUCCAAGGAUCAAAUGAUAAACCACUAUGCCCGGGCGGGCUCCUUCACCACAAAGGUGGGUCUGUGUCUCAAUCUCCGAAACUUGCCGUGGUUUGACGAGGCUGAUGCUGACUCCUUCUUCCCGCGCUGCUACCGCCUGGGGGCUGAGGAUGACAAAAAGGCCUUCAUAGAGGACUUCUGGCUGACGGCUGCCCGCAACGUUCUCAAGCUGGUGGUAAAGUGCGAAUGGGAGUCAUGCUCUAUCCAAGCGGAAGAGGAAGAGGCCCCAGGAGACAAGCAGCCCAAGAAACAGGAGAAAAAGCCGAUGACAGUGUCCCCAGAGUUCGUGGAUGAGGCUCUGUGUGCCUGUGAGGAGCAUCUCAGCAACCUGGCCCACAUGGACAUUGACAAGGACAUGCAGGCCCCACUCUACCUGAGCCCUGAGGGCUGGUCCCUCUUCCUCCAGCGCUACUACCAAGUGGUCCACGAGGGGGCAGAACUCAGGUACCUCGACACUCAGGUCCAGCGCUGUGAGGACAUCCUGCAGCAGCUGCGGGCCGUGGUGCCCCAGAUGGACAUGGAAGGAGAUUGCAACAUCUGGAUCGUGAAGCCGGGAGCCAAGUCCCGCGGACGAGGCAUCAUGUGCAUGGACCACCUGGAGGAGAUGCUGAAGCUGGUGGACGGCAACCCCAUGAUGAUGAAGGAUGGCAAGUGGGUGGUGCAGAAGUAUAUUGAGCGGCCCCUGCUCAUCUUUGGCACCAAGUUUGAUCUGAGACAGUGGUUCCUGGUGACCAACUGGAACCCCCUUACUGUGUGGUUCUACCGUGACAGCUACAUCCGCUUCUCCACACAGCCCUUCUCCCUGAAGAACCUGAACAACUCCGUGCACCUGUGCAACAACUCCAUCCAGAAGCACCUGGAGAAUUCGUGCCACCGGCAUCCGCUGCUGCCCUCAGACAACAUGUGGUCAAGCCAAAAGUUUCAGGCCCACCUGCAGGAGCUGGGGGCCCCAAACGCCUGGUCUACUGUCAUUGUGCCUGGAAUGAAGGCCGCGGUGAUCCACGCCCUGCAGACCUCCCAGGACACCGUGCAGUGUCGGAAGGCCAGCUUCGAGCUCUAUGGUGCUGACUUUGUGUUUGGUGAGGACUUCCAGCCCUGGCUGAUCGAGAUCAAUGCCAGCCCCUCCAUGGCGCCCUCCACGGCUGUCACUGCCCGGCUCUGUGCCGGUGUGCAGGCCGACACCCUGCGUGUGGUCAUCGACCGGCGGCUGGACCGCAACUGUGACACGGGGGCCUUCGAGCUCAUCUACAAGCAGCCUGCUGUGGAGGUGCCCCAGUAUGUGGGUAUCCGGCUUCUAGUAGAGGGCUCCACCAUCAAGAAGCCCCUGGCGGUGUGUCACCGGCGGGUAGCGGUCCGCCCAGCCCUCCCUCACCUGCUGACCCAGCGAGGCUCUGGGGAAGCCCCUUACCACUUCCCCAGCCUCCACUGCAAGGCCUGGCUGCCUUCUCCCUGUGUGCUCCGACCCCAGGGGCGGGUCCUCAGACUGCAGCACAGCAAGCUGGUGGGCUCUAAGGCCCUGUCGACCACAGGCAAAGCCUUGAUGACUCUACCUACUGCCAAGGUUUUGAUUUCCCUCCCACCUAACGCUGAGCUCAAGCUGGCACCCGACGCCCUGAAACCAAGAAAGGUGGGCCUCAAACUCGUCUUCAUGGGCCCCAACUUGGAAGCAACUUGUGGUCUCAACUGUUUGAAGUCGAAAAUCUUCCUAGCACCCAUAGGAAGAUCAAGGCCAAAGGCAAGUUCAAGGCCAGACUGUGACAAACCCAAGGCUGAGACAUGCCUCACGACGACACUGAGCCUUCUGGGACCCCUGCCCCUUGUCAGUGCACACCAGGGGCUGGGGGGCAUGAGGGACGUGUGGCUACAGAAGCCCUCACCCAUCGUCACUGCCCUUAUCCUGGAUGCAGCGCCAAAUAAAAAAGAGCAAAUGAAGUAUUUGAGGCUUGGCUCCAUUUGUGUUAGAAGGUGAAGAGAGGGGGUGUGGUUCUGUACGCCUAGGUCCAGAACAAGAGCUGGAGGCCGUCAGCAACUCCUCCACAAAGCAAGGCCCAGAAUCCGCACCCAGUGACAGACGUGAGGCAUCCUGUCCAGGGACCCCCUGGCAUCUCUGAUCUGUGGGUGGGGGGGAUAAGUCUCAUGUUACAGGUGAGGAAACUGAGUCUGCACAAGGCGAUGUGGCUUGCUCAAGAUCACAUGGCAGUGAGCAGAAGGCUGGGACACAUUGCCAGGACUGCUGAGCCCUGGGGGUCACCCCAAUCCCCGAGCCCAGAGGAGGAGCUGGGCUGGCAGCAGAAUGACAUCUAAUGGGCACAAGAUUUACGACAAGAGACACAGCAGAGGAGCGGACCUUGCCUAAACCCCAGUCCUCCAAAGGGAGUGGGUCUGUCCCUUCCUCUCCAGGGGGCCAAGGUCACCUAAAAAGGAAAUAUCCAACAAGCCACACCCAUCUGGAAAAGGUCAGUAUUUCUUAAUUGUAAUGGGUUGAAUGUUGAUAUGUCUUCCUGGAACCUGUGAAUAUGACUUUAUUUGGAAAAGGGGUUCUCUGUAGAUAUAAGUUAAAGAUUGUGAGAGGAGAUCAUCCUGGAUUAUCUGGAUGGGGCCUAAAUCUAAUGACAAGUGUCCUUAUAAGAGACAGAAGACAAAGAGAAAGCCGCGUGGAGACGGAGGCAGGGAUUGGCUUGAUGCAGCCACAAGUCAAGGGAUGCUUGGAGCCACCAGGAGCUGCAAGAGGCAGGGAAGGAUUCUUGCCUAGAGCCUCCGGGGAGACCACAACCCUGCCGACACCUUGAUUUUGGACUUCUGGCCUCCAGAACUGGGAGAGCAUCCAUUUCUGUUGCUUUAAGCCACUCAGGUUGUGGUAAUUUGUUGCAGCAGCCCUAGGGAAUUAAUACACUGGUCAAAUGAAGAUACAUAUACUCUGUAUAUUU